AUGGCUCUUACAGGAAGUAUUCCCCAGGAAUUUGGAAACCUCUCAUUUCUUGCUUUUCUUGACUUGGGAAGCAAAAAUUUCCAUGGAAACUUGCCUCAAGAAAUGGCACGCCUACGUCGGCUUAAGUUUCUUGAUUUAAGUUUCAACAACUUCAGAGGCAAUAGCUUAUCAGGAAAUCUUCCCAAUGGUUUAGGCAAUGGUCUCCCAGUACUCAACGGGCUUUAUUUAUCCACAAACUUCUGUGGUCAUUUGCCUACAAGCUUAUCAAGUUGUUCUCAACUUCAAAUUUUGUCUUUAUCGGAAAAUGAGUUUGAUGGACCAAUACAUAGUGAAAUUGGAAGAUUGAGUAACUUGCGGUUAUUCUAUCUCGGAUUUAAUCAUUUCAUUGGUGAAAUACCCAAAGAAAUAAGAAAUCUCGUUGAGUUGGAGGUACUUAAUCUUGGGUAUAAUAGUUUUAGUUGUCAACUUAAUAUGGAGAUCUUCAACAUAUCAGGGCUGAGAAAGAUUGCACUUACAAAGAAUAUCUUACCCAACAUUGAUGGUAUUUAUCUAAGGAACUUAACCAAUCUUGUUGGAACUAUUCCUCAUUCAAUCUCCAAUCGUUCAAAACUUGCUACUCUAGAGCUUUCUGGCAACAAACUCAGUGGAUUGAUUCCGAAUUCUCUUGGACAUUUGAGUCAUCUUCUAUUCCUAAGCUUGGGAGCAAACAAUUUAACCAGCGACUCAUCGUUAAGCUUCCUGACUUCCUUAACCAACUGCAGAAAUUUAACACUUCUUUCUCUAUCUCGAAACCCUCUAAAUGGCAUGUUUCCAGAAUCGGCAGGGAAUCUUUCAGCGUCUCUUAGAAAGUUUUAUGCCGAGAGGUGCAAAAUCAAAGGGCUAAUUUCAUAUGCAGUUGGGAACUUAAGCAACUUAAUAGACUUCGACCUUAAUGAAAACAACUUGGUUGGAUCAAUUCCCACAUCAAUUGGCAACUUGAGAAUCCUGCAGGGCUUGGAAAUUACUUUCAUUACGGAGAUAUAUCUGAGUUCCAAUAAAUUCAGUUCGAAUAUACCAACAAGUCUGGGGAAUCUUAAAGAUCUACUGGACCUUGACUUAUCAUCAAACAACAUUGCUGGUUCUUUAACUCCAGAAAUUGGAAAUCUAAAGGUUUUGGUACAAAUAGUUCUAUCAAUGAAUGGAUUCUCAAAUAAAAUCCCUAGAGAAAUUCGGGGAUUGCAAAACUUGGAGUACCUCUCCUUGAGAUGCAACAUGUUGCAUGGAGCUAUACCUGACUCAAUGAGCAACAUUCCUAAGUCAUUGGAAAAACUUAAAAACUUGAAGUAUUUCAAUGUUUCUGUCAACAAAUUGUAUAGGGAAAUUGAUACAAGAAGCACAAGGGAAACACGAAACACACACCAAAAUCAGUCCACAAGCUCAAGAAACCGAGGACCUCUUUGGUGA